AUGCACAAAACUGAGAAUAAUGAUCAUCCGCAAAACUUUCAGUGGGUUAUAACGGAAUUAGCUUCCUACAACUUCUCCAAUGUUAUUGUGCCAAUAUACGAGACACUAGGAUGCGAGGCCUGCGUUUAUAUAAUCAACCAAGCAGAAAUCCCGAUCAUAGUCUGUGAUGCUGUUUCUAAAGCAAUGGGCCUUAUCUGGCGGAAGCCAACAUGUCCCCAUCUGAAAUACUUAGUCGUUAUGGAGCCAGUCACUAAAGAAUUGCAAUCCGCAGCAGAGAAUUUCGAUGUCCGAGUAAUGACCAUGCAGGAGUUGGAAAGGUUGGGUCAUGAUGCCAAAAAUAGACCCAAGCAUGUGCCGCCUAAGCCUGAAGAUUUGGCCACAAUCUGCUACACUUCCGGAACAACGGGUACACCCAAAGGUGUCAUGCUUACCCACGCAAAUGUUGUUGCAGACACAGUGUUGCUGGAAUUCUUCAAGCACUCUAGAGUUUGUUCAUCAGAUGUCAUGAUCAGCUUUCUGCCUCUUGCUCAUAUGCUCGAACGGGUUAUCGAGGCUGUGUUCUUCAUAAUAGGAGCUCGUGUCGGCUUUUAUAGAGGGGAUAUUCGACUUCUUACUGAUGACAUCAAAGAACUCCGACCAACAGUCGUUCCUGUCGUUCCACGCGUACUCAAUAGGCUUUACGACAAGGUGAUGUCCGAAGUGAACAAAUCUUAUGUAAAGAAGGCUCUUCUUCACGUUGCUGUUGCUUACAAAGCUCGUGAAAUGCGGAAUUUCAUCAUUCGCGGUGAUGGUUUCUUCGACAAUCUCGUGUUCAAGAAGGUCAAGGAGAGUAUGGGAGGACGUGUAAGAAUUAUGCUCACUGGAUCUGCACCUCUUUCGGAAAACGUUCUCACUUUUGUAAGAGCUGCAAUGGGAUGUGUAGUUGUUGAAGGUUACGGCCAAACGGAAUCUGUUGCUUGUGCUACGAUUUCAAUGGAAGGUGAUGCUAAUGCAGGACACGUUGGAAUGGUCGUUCCUGCUGCACGCAUCAAAUUGGUAGAUGCGCCGGAACUAGGAUAUUUUGCCAAGGAUGACGCUGGCGAGGUUUGCAUAAAAGGUCCAAUAGUUUUCCGUGGUUACUACAAGAACGAGGAGACCACCAAAGAAGUACUCGAUGAAGAUGGAUGGCUUCAUACUGGCGACAUAGGCCGGUGGUUGAAGGAAGGCACUUUGAAGAUUGUUGAUCGAAAGAAGCAUAUCUUUAAAUUGGCGCAGGGUGAAUACGUUGCACCGGAGAAAAUUGAAAACAUCUAUGUGAGAUCGAAGUUUGUUGCUCAAUCCUUUGUAUAUGGAGAAUCACUUAAAACCUGCCUCAUCGCUAUAGUUGUCCCCGAUGCCGAGGAGCUCAUCCCUGCUUGCAAGAGUCAUCUUCAACUUACUGGGACAUUGGAAGAGUUAUGCAAGAACAGGCACGUCGUCAAAAUGGUGCAUAAUGACAUGGUUGCUGUCGGAAAGAAAGGUGGACUGUUCUCAUUUGAGCAGGUGAAGGACAUUCGCCUUUCUCCUAUCAUGUUUUCUGUGGAGAACGAUCUCCUUACGCCCACGCUGAAGAGUAAAAGACCAAAGUUGAAGGCUCACUUCGCCGCAGAGCUUGCCGAAAUGUACUCCAAACUCACUUAAACACUUCAAAAGCGAACUUACCUCUAACAAGGGAAGGAUACUUGGUCACCGCGGCCAUUCAUAAUGAC